CGCGCCUGGGACAGCGGCGACCUGGAGCUUUUCGACCUGGUGGAGGAGGUGCCGCAAAACUUCUACGGCUUCCUGGGGCUGCCGCAGUCUGUGAAGGAAAGGAGUGAACAGGGGACCCACGGAUUAAGACUUUAAGGUCAGAAGAUACUACCACAAUCACCCAGCCUGACACACCCCUUCCUUCCAUGUGCACGCAGGCUGCAGAAUUUCUUCUUGAAGCUGGAUUAAAAUGUAUCCUUUAAGAAGAGAUUUGAUAUCUUUUUGAAGACUCCAAGUGAUGGAUGCUUCAUCUGCAGAGAUUAGGAAAGCAUAUCGCAAGCUUUCACUAACUUUACACCCAGACAAGAACAAAGAUGAAAAUGCAGAAACCCAGUUUAGACAAUUGGUGGCUAUCUAUGAGGUUUUAAAGGAUGAAGAGAGAAGGAAGAGGUAUGAUGAUAUUCUGAUCAAUGGACUACCAGAUUGGCGACAGCCUGUAUUCUACUACAGGCGGGUGAGAAAAAUGAGCAAUGCUGAGCUGGCAUUACUCUUGUUCAUUAUUCUCACAGUGGGUCAUUAUGCUGUGGUUUGGUCAAUCUACCUGGAAAAACAGCUGGAUGAACUGCUUAGCAAAAAAAAGAGAGACAAGAAGAAAAAGACAGGAGGUAGGAGUACAGAUGAAGUAAAACUUGGUGCUGCUGACAAAAACGAAAGAACGUUGGAAAAACCACAGUGGCGUGAUUUGCUUCCAUGCAAGCUGGGAAUUUGGUUCUGUCUUACUGUAAAAGCGUUACCUCAGCUGUUGCAGGAUGCCAGACAAUUAUACGUAGAAUAUAAAGAAACAAAAAUGAAGGCGAGAGAAGAUGCCCUGGCUAGAGCUGAACUUGAAACACUUCAGAAGGAGAAGAAACCUAAAGUCAAGAAACCAAAGUCUGAAUUCCCUAUAUACACUGCUUCAGAAUCCAAUGCAUAUAUACCAUCAUAUGAUCAUGGAGCUUCUAUUGAAGAGAUUGAGGAACAGAUGGAUGAUUGGUUGGAGAAUAAGAACAGAACAUACAAAAAAAAGAUUGAGCAAGGGGAGGCAACAGAUCGUGGAAGCACAUUUACAUGUAAGGCACCUGAAUGGACAGAAGAGGACCUUAGCCAGCUGACAAGAAGUAUGGUUAAGUUCCCAGGGGGGACCCCAGGUCGAUGGGAAAAGAUUGCUCACGAAUUGGGUCGAUCAGUGGCAGAUGUUACCAUGAAGACCAAGCAACUGAAGGAAUCUGUUACACAUACUCCAGGAAUUGUUAGACUCUCUGAGCUUAGAAACUUGGCCCAGAAUUCCAGAAAUGCCAAAACCAACAUGGAUUUGCCAGACCAUAUAAUUACGCAGCGAGAAAUAGAUGAGGAGGAGGAGGAGGAGGAGGAGAACUAUAAUCGUGACCCAGAACAGAUGGCUAUUCCAGCAGAUCACAGAGAGACUAUGACAAGUGAAACCAGACACCGCAAGAGAAAAACAGCCAAAGCAUCUGAAGUAAUUCCAGCAACGAUGAAAGAGGUGGCAGAAGAUAAAUGCAGGGGAAAGCGUCAGAAAGACUUUGAUAACACAGAACAGAAUGAAUAUAGCGAUGAUGAGAACAGAAAAAAAAGAGAAAGCCACAAUUCUGAAGAAUUGUGGACUCAAAAUCAACAGAAGCUUCUUGAACUAGCCUUACAGCAGUAUCCAAAGGGAACAUCAGACCGCUGGGAUAAGAUAGCAAAAUGCGUCCCAGGCAAAAGUAAGGAAGAGUGUGUGGCAAGAUACAAGUUACUUGUUGAACUUGUACAAAAGAAGAAAAUGGCUAAAAGCUGAAUCUUCUGAGCAAAAGAGUUUUAUUUCUAUUUUUCAGAAUGAGAUUAUAUUUUAAAUCUCAUAUGCAGAAGUAUGCAUUUUUGUACCACAGUAUUUCUAUGUCAUGUGCCUUAGUAAAAGAAAAUAUCAAUAAAUUUUAAGCCAUCUUGCUUAACCA